CGCUCACGCCGCGGCGAGAGGGGCACAGCGGGGCGCGCAGGGCGGCGGCGGGGAGGGGGAAGAGGAGGAGGUGGAAGAAGGCGGCAGGCAGCGCGGGGCUCGCUGUGGGCAACCCCAAUGCGUGGACUAUCCUCUGCUGCAUUAUGCUGGAGCUACAGUUCAGCUGAAGGGAGAUUGCACACGGCCGGCUGGGCUGGACUGCAGCGCUGCCGUUCCUUAUGAAGAAGGCACAAACUUGGAUUAUCACUUGCUUUUGUCUUCAACUACUCCUACUUAAUCCUCUUGUCAAAGCCCAGAGUUCCUGCGGGAAUCCAGUGACAGAUGAUGUAAAUGACAUUGCAAAAUUGGUUGGAAAUCUGCCAAAUGAUUAUAUGAUAACCCUUAAAUAUGUCCCGAAGAUGGAUAGCUUGCCUAAUCACUGUUGGUUGCAUUUGAUGGUGCCUGAAUUUUCAAGGAGUCUACAUAGUCUUCUCCAGAAAUUUUCUGAUAUUUCCGAUAUGUCUGAUGUUUUAAGCAACUAUUCAAUCAUCAAUAAUCUCACAAGGAUAAUUAAUGAUCUUAUGGCAUGUCUAGCUUUUGAUAAAAAUAAGGAUUUUAUAAAAGAAAAUGGUCACCUUUAUGAAGAACAUCGCUUCUUUCCUGAGCAGUUUUUUGAGGUCUUUAAUAGUACCAUUGAGGUUUACAAGGAGUUUGCAGACACAUUGGAUAAGAAUGACUGUAUUCUGCCUUCAACAGUAGAAACACCAGAGAAUGAUUCCAGAGUCGCUGUCACAAAAACAAUUUUGUUUCCUCCUGUUGCUGCCAGCUCCCUUAGGAAUGACAGCACUGGCAGUAACACUAGCAGUAACAAAGAGGCACUUGGCUUCAUUAGCAGCUCCAGCCUUCAAGGGAUCAGCAUAGCAUUGACAUCAUUACUGUCUCUUCUUAUUGGCUUUAUUUUGGGAGCCAUAUAUUGGAAGAAAACACAUCCCAAAUCCAGACCAGAGAGUGAUGAAACUACAGAGUGUCAUGGCUGUCAAGAGGAAAAUGAGAUAAGGAUGUUGCAGCAGAAAGAAAAAGAACAUCUACAAGUGUAGCCAUUGCUUUUUCUCCCUCAACACUGUUACUGUUUCAUGUACUGGCAGGUAACAGUUACAUGUUCGCUUCAUAAAUGAAGCAGCUUUAAGCACAUUCAUAUUCCUUCUGGAGUGACAGACUGAGUCUGCAUCUGUUGUUGCUGCCCAUGACUCCAUAGACAUGACAUAGUAUGAGGACAAUUUGUGUUUCUUACUGUGAAACCAACACUGAAUUGAACAACGACAAGAAGAGUGUGCACUUAGCAGGGCUGUAUCUUAUGUGAAUAUCUACCUUACGUUGCAUUUGGGGAUUUUAACUUGCAUUAAUACUUGCAGCUGACUCUGGCAAACAAAGUACAUGUCCUGAAAAAAAUGCAUCUUUCAAAUGCCUCCAACUAUCUGUAAUCACUGAAAGUCAUAAAUACCUUUGCAUCCUUAAUUUAAGUUCUGUGUCCUCUACCUUACCUUGGUGUCUUCAAAUGGAGUUCUCUGAACUGACAGAAAACACAGAAAUGGAUACAGAUAACAUACUCUUCAAUACUGUAUAUAAAACUUGAAAGUAAAGUCAUGCCAUGGACCAGUGUAGUAGCCUUUUACUUAUAAGGAACUGGGUUUAUGCCUGGCAAAGGUCAUGUGUACAGAAACAUGUGGUCACUGUUGGAUGCCAGGUGGCUGUAUGCCUGCCCCAGAAAGCCUCAAGAAUUCAUCAGCUUUGGCGGUGUCUGCUCAGAAGAAGCAAAUACUGGAUGAAGACAAAGUAAACAGGAGGUGAUAAUACAUCAUUGAGCUUUGAACCAUUAGGAGUAACUGCUGGAUACAUGAACACUGGUGAAAUUUCCAGCCAUGCCAAGGGAAGAGAAAGUAAAGAGUCUGAACUGCGUUCAAACAUCAGAAUAAAGACAAACCUAUGAAAUGUAUUUUAAAUGCUGAAGAUGCAUGCCAUUAAUAUCUUGUUUUUAAAUGUAUAGCAUAGAAAAUCUGAAAGAUCCUGAGAAUGUCUUUAGCUUUUACUUACAUCAGCUGUAAUUAACAUUUGCAUUGUUUUUUGAAUGAUUAUUAAGCUUUAAUAUCCUGGCAUUCUCCACUCUUAAGGUUAAUUCUCCCUAAAACAAAAGGGAAAGGCUUUAUUUCUCACUUGCCUUCUAUAUCUAUUGCUGCUAUAGCAUCCAUGGAAUCUGUACAGGAUUGAGGUACACAUAUGCAUUUUCAAGUAAAUCCUAAAAUUACAAUGGUAUAAUUUACCAGUGCAGUUGUGCAUAUUUUCAUCCUGUCUCUUUCCAGAUAAUGGAUAUGAAUCACUUAUCUGUAUUAGGGGUUUCAGUUUAGAAGAUAAGGGCAACUCACUUCAAAUUGUCAAGGUCGAUAAGAGUUUUAGUUUGAGUUACUUGAAAAAACUCUAAAAAACAAAAGAAACAAACAAAAAAAAAAAAACACAGCUCGUUUCACAGAAAGUUGUAAUUCUCUUUAAAGUAUACUAUAACUUAACUGUAGAUUCAUAAAAUAUCCUGAGCUAGAAAGGACCCUGUAGAAUCAUCAAGUCCUGAUUUUACACAGGGAAACCUAAGAGUUAAACCGUAUCUAAGAGCAUUGUCCAAAUGCUGCUUGUACAUGGACUUAAUUUUUAAAGAAUUCUAGUGGAAUUUUUAAUCAUCUGCUAAAUUUCCUGAGAACCAUGCAUAAAAAGUAUAUAACCUAUAUAUAAUAUGUGUGUGUUUGCACAACUGUAUUAUUAGUAAAAUUCAUUUGGCUUUCAUAUUCACCAAAAGAAAAAAAUUAACUCAGAUGUUUGAUGUGUGCAUGUAGACACCCUGAAUGGCAUUUUUACUGAGAUCAAUGGUGAAAUUUCUCUUGAAUUCACUGAUACCAAGGUAUGAUCAUAUGGAUCAAUUUUUAUUACCAUGUGGAUCAUUACCAUUUAUACAAAGGCCUUUUUGCCCUGACUUAGUGUCAGAAAAGUGCCCUCCAGUCCUGCUCAACUGAUACAAAUUAACACAGUUCCAUUAAUGUUAACAGAGCUUUGAAGUUUGCAUCAUCUCAGGAACUUCUGUUCUAAAGAAGCUCAGUAUGAGAAUUAGGCCUUCAUUUUUAUUCAGAAGAUGCUGGAGCACUCACCAUUCAACAAGAAAUAAUUGUGAGAAGGAUUGCCCACCGCUUCUAAAAAACGAACACAUUUCAAAUUUUAGCUCUGCAAAAAUCAGUCAGAAUUAUCCAUUAGCAGUUCAGUCUCAUUUGAAAAUGUGUAGUUAUUUACUCACUAGACCUCUAAACUUAUUUAAGAUUUACCUUGAAAGAAAUGUCAGCAUGACCUAAUUGAUGGUAAGGGGGAGAAUAACUUCAGAUAAGUUUUGAAAGAAAUGAAAAUUAUCCAUAUCAAGUGGAAGCAAUUAUCCUUACACAUUUUACCAAAAAACUUAAAUAUUUCAUGUUGCUAUACUAUACAUUCUCAAAGCAAGUUUAUACAUUUGAAGUUUUACAGUAUUUUUCAAUGAUUCAUUUAAAAAAAAAAAAAAAAAAAAAAAAAAAAAGGUAUUUAUUAAUAUUACUUGUUUAUAAGAAUGUUAGUUUUCCUAAAUACAUAUUUUCCAGCAAAUCAAAAACACAGUUACAUUGCACAUUGGGGUGCCUUAAAUUAUAGUUUGACAUUCAAAAUGUGUGAUGUUUUAGACUCCUUAAUAUUCAUUCUACCUGUUCAAUAGUAAAAUACAAAAUAUCAGCUUUAAAUUGAAACAUACAUUAAACCCAGAUAGACAGUAGCAAAACAUUCAUGUUCUAAGAGUAACAUCUUAAAAUAGUAGCUAUGUCACUUUUAGAUAAUGUCAUGUACUUUAAUCUCUGCUGCAGAUCAAGGCAAAUUUAAGGCUACGUGUGAAGUGAAAGAAAGUUCAUGUAUAUACCUUCCAACUUGACAUCACAACCUGUUUUUAUUUUGUACAUACACUGGACAUAAUACAACACAGACUAGCAAAACUGUUGUUAGAGCUCAUGUUUUCCCUGUUCUUCCUACCCACUUUUGAGAGAUUUGUACAAAAUAUUAGGUGGUCUCAGUCAUUUUGCAAGGUAGAAGGACAGUUCUAGACAUUUGUAAAGACAAUGGAUGUCAUGGCACUUGAAAAUGUGAGCAUGAAAUUAUUUGAAUGCUUCUGUGCCCAUUUUGUCUACCCAUCAAGGAAGCUCUUACUUCAGAUGUAGUUAAAUUUUGAAAAACUACUGACUUAUGAGUCAUCUUUGAAAUCAGUGGAAGUAGGAUGAGUUACUAUUCUGUGGGAAUAGUAGCAGCAGAAAUAGUCCCUUAGUUGCUUCUUUAUCCAGCUGUAACCUGUCUGACUUCUGAAGAGUGAUCAGUUCUUUGAUCUUGUUUUUGGGUAGACAUAGCCUGUGCAUUAUUAACUCAGUUAGAAAUUUAUGCCCUUUCUCUUAAAAUGAAGUUGGGGAGAAGUGAGUGUUGUAUUUUCUUUUUUCUAUGAGAGUUAAAAGUUUGGGUUUCAGAUAUCUGUGGUUUUGUGAGAAAUUAAAUUUUUUAGGUUUCAUUUGGAGUAGUUGAACUUUGCAUGCAGUUAAUAGUGGCCUUGUGAGAAUAAAAAGCAGAUAGUGAUAUACUGAGUAACUCAAUGUGCUAUUUUAGAUGUGUGUUUACUUGAAUAAAUUAAUGGUACUUAUUUCAUCACAAGGUCAUUGGAUAAGUAAGCUUAUGAACAACUAAUGUGCUAUACUAUGGAGUAUGUGUACAACCUGCACAGUUUUUAGAUUCUAUUCUUCACCAGCUCUGUUUUCUCUGUUGCUCUCUCUUUGUAAUACACUGAAACUGUUCAGUACACAUAGUACAACUAUUAAAUUGAAAAGCUAACCUUACAUAUAAAAUACAGAUAUUUUGAGUUAGAUUUACAUUUAAGAAUUAUCCAAGAUUCUUCUGUUCAGGAAUCUGAUUCAACUGUCUAGUGAAUGCAGAUCUACAAUAAUGGUGGCAUGUUGCUAUUAUGUUAUCAAAGUGAUGGAACGCGGAAACUUCAGACUCUUUAGUGAUAGAGACACAGAUGUUUGCUGGUUGUAUCAUGGGCAAAUUCAUUUAUUUUGAUGUAAAUGUCAGCACAGUCUUGCAUAGUUAUAUUCUGACUGAUGGUAAUCAACAAAAUUUAUAUAAUGUGAUGUGUGUAUAUAUAUGUCCUCUUAAAGACAGAUGUUUUCCCUGAUCCUUUUUUAUACCAGUUCAAAUUUGGAAUUUACAUUAUAUACAUAUACUUUAUUGUUCUAAAUAAAGAUAUAACGCACUGCCAAA